UCAAUGAUGUCGAUGACGUAAAACAGUUAAAUGCUUUAGCUGGAGAGCGUGAAUGGUUUGGUAAAGGAAGCAGAAUCAUCAUCACUACAAGAGAUAACCAUCUAUUAACUCUCCAUGGGAUGGAUAAAGAUCAUAUCUAUGAAGUUAAAACUCUAGAUCAUUUGGAAGCUCUUGAACUUUUCGAUAAACAUGCUUUUCUUGGAAGUAAGGAAAUAGUGAUAAGGAGGGAUCUUGUGGAUAGUGCUUUGCAUUAUGCUAAUGGACUUCCUUUAGCACUUGAGGUAUUGGGCUCUUUCCUAUGUGGUAGAAGAGAACAGGAGUGGGAAAGCGCAUUGAAUAAACUUGCUAAAAGUCCUAACAAAACCAUCAAUGAUGUUCUCAAGUUAAGUUACGAUGGACUAGAGGACUAUGCAAAGGAGAUAUUCCUUGAUAUUGCAUGUUUCUUCAAGGGGCAAUCUACGGAGUACAUCGUAGAAGUCCUUGACAGUUGCAACUUUGACACGACUAUCGGAGUGCAAGUUCUUGUUGAGAAGUCCUUAAUAACUAAAGAAAGGGAGACAAUACAGAUGCAUGACUUGAUUCAGUUGAUGGGCAUGGAUAUUGUUAAACAAGAAUGUCACGAUGAUCCUGGAAAACGCAGCAGGUUAUGGCUUUGUGAAGAUGUCUGUGAUGUUCUAUCGGGGGAUAUGGGAACAAAUGCAAUAAAAGCCAUAGUUUUGGUUUUACCCAAGACAGAAGCAAUAUACAUAGGUCCCAAUGCUUUCACAAACAUGAGAAGAUUGAGGUUGCUCAUCAUGAUUAAUGUGCAUAACUCUUUCCAAGGUCCUAUCUGUCUUCCUAAUGGACUGAGAUGUUUUCAAUGGCCUGAAUGUCCUUGGUUCUCAAAUUUCCCCCUAGCCCAAAGAAGUUAGUCAGACUUGAUCUGUGCAAAAGCAACAUUCAAGUCGUGGUGGACCAAUUUAAGGCCAUUCGGUUGCGCCCUUACUCCAUUUAUUCCUAAGUGAGAAAUCACAGGACGAAAAGCAACUCUCAGGGGAGAUAGAUUGACCAGCCAUUCCUUCUCCCGCUAUUUUAAAUAAAAGCUUGUGGAGUACAAUUCCAUGGAAGAGUCUUACUUUAUAGACGCACUAGCGCACCACAUCUAGGACGCUGGUAGGGCAUAAUGGCUUUCACACAUAACUAAUAAGGCUUUCUAAAGAGAAGUAAGAGCUUGCUUUGCUAAUUUAAAUAUAUUUAAACUUAAAUCUAAUCUUAAGUUAUGUAUAUAUGUAUUAUAUUUAUAUUCAUAUAAAUACUACUGUACAAAGUAAAGGUGACCUUCCACAGGAUUUCAAUUUAAUUCCUUCCCCAAAAUGUCUGUAUUACUUAUUUUACAAAUAUUGUAUUCAUUGAGAGGUGCGUAAUUAAUCUAUUUUAUCUCUCACAUGUUUCACAAUCUAAAUUUUAAUCUUUUCUAUCCCAUAACAAAUUUCUUAUUGCAAAUUUUAAUCUUGAAAUAUCCUACAUACAUUCUAUGUUUGUGUGUUGUGUGUUUACCAACAAUUUCUUUCCAUUAAAUAUUUCUAAUUUAGUGGUUUUGUUCAAUUUUUCAGAUAUCAAUUUUUUUUCAAAUCUUGUUCAUACUCUUUUAGUUUUCUCUUCCUAUGCCUCAAAAGAGACAAACUUCGUGGACUUUCAAUUUUGCUGUCAUGCUUGUCGGCCACAUUGACGCCGGAAUGUGUUGAGCGAACAAAUAAAUAGAGGGGUUUUUCAAUCUUAAUGAAGUGGAAAAACCCCACUAUGGAAGAGACUACAUACACUAGGUCUCCCUUAGCCAAAUCACCACCUUUGUAGGCCAGUCCAAGGAUGCAGCACUCUCUCGUUCACUCAUGAAUCCCCUGAAAGGACAGAGAGAAAGACA